GUUUUUCCACACACACUGUGUUAUCUUUCGUUUCAGGUUUUUCCACACACACUGUGUUAUCUUUCGUUUCAGGUUUUUCCACACACGCUGUGUUAUCUUUCGUUUCAGGUUUUUCCACACACACUGUGUUAUCUUUCGUUUCAGGUUUUUCCACACACACUGUGUUAUCUUUCGUUUCAG